AUGAUCAAACCUUAUAUGACAGGGUUAAAGGGAAGUAUGGGUUAUUUAGGCAGAACUUGUUGGGUUUUAGAGUCGAUUAUUCUGGUAGGGCAGUUAUUGUUCCUGGUCCUGGUUUAUCUAUGUCCGAGGCCUGAUAACAAUUAUGUUGCUAAUUUACAAGGCGUGGAUGAGUCAAUAGUUUAUAAAGGACUAAUUCAUGAUAAGUUCGUCCUUUACUCCGGUUUUUUCUGA